AUGGUCCGGAUAUUAUCUAUAACGGCACCGGUGUAUCCUAUCCUUAUGCGAUUGGCUCUGUGGGCUCUAUUGCCUCAGGUUAUGAUGCCUUCGGCGGCAAUACUUCUUCUCAAUAUUUCUAUUUCUUUAACUGGCAGGUUUCCAAAUCCUGCGAGAGCUCACGCAGUAUGCCACGGCUGUUUGUGCCAAUGUGAUUUCAACGGUAAGCGUCACCUCCACAGCAUCCAACUAUGA